CAAAAACAAAUCUUAUCAUCCUCUACAGUUUCCUAAAUAAGAACAAAACUCUGGCCCUACUCUUCGAUUACGAUGGAACCUUGGCUCCCAUUGCUGAUAAUCCCAAUAAAACAGUUAUGCCUGUCGCCACCGAAGUUAUUCUGAAUAAAAUCGCUAAACAUCCAAAUAUUUUCAUGGCCGUCAUAUCCGGCAGAGGCAUUAAAGAUGUACAAAGUAGAGUGGGUAUUAAUGGUAUUAUGUAUGCCGGUAAUCAUGGUAUUGAAAUCGAAAGUGCCGAUGGCAGUAGACACGAUUAUAAAUUACCCACCGAAAUUCAAGAGAACUAUGGCAAACUUGUUAAGGAAUUGAAAGCAAAUGUUGAAAAGAACAAUGCUUGGGUAGAGGAUAAGAGAGUUUCACUUACCUAUCAUUAUCGUGAUACUCCUGUGGAUAUUAAGGAAGCUCAAAAACAAGUGGCCAUUAAAAUUAUUGAAUCAUAUGGUUUUAGAGCCAAUCAGGCUCAUGAGGCCAUUGAAGCUAAACCACCAGUAAACUGGAAUAAGGGUGAGGCUGCCAUGUUUAUUUUGAAGCACACUUUCGGCGAUAACUGGGCUGAUGAAAUUAAAGUGAUAUUUGCUGGUGAUGAUACCACCGAUGAAGAUGCCAUGAAGAAACUCCAAGGUUUGGGCAAAACAUUCAGAGUUUCAACAGAUCCUGAAAUUCAAACUUUUGCCGAUUUCCGCCUUUCCAGUCAAGAUUUGGUUAGUGAUCUUUUGAAAUGGAUUUCUACCACCUAUGGAGUCUAAUUUAUUUAAUAUUUUUUAUUGUUAUUUUUUAUCUUAUUAUUUAAAUAUUGUUAUUAUUACUGUUAUUUAAAUAUUUUAUAUAAAUAUUACCCAUACACACACACCUA